AAUGUGUAUUGAAGAAGUUUAAGAUGAUAAGGGAUUAGAGAAAUUUUUGAAAAUGGCUAUCAAAUAGUACAUAAUCUUAUUAAAUUUAGUUAUGAAACUAAAUAUGGUACCACAUAAAGAAAUUUGAGGGAAAAGGCAAUGACUUUAUGGCUUGAUUUAUAAUCUUAUAAAGAUAAAAUGAUAGUAAUGGAAUUCAUGUAAAGGAAAAUUAAUAAGAUUGAAUCUUCAUAAACAAAGAUCACAUAAUUCUUUAAAUCAAACUAAAAACCAUCUACUACUAAAAUUAUGAAAUAAAUUGAUAAUAAUGAUGAUUAAGAAAUUACAGGUCCAAUAAUAGAAAAAGUGAAUACUCCAAAGAAGAGAGAUAAAUCACCAUAUAGUAAAUUCUAUGAAGAAACUUAUUGGAAAAUAAAAUUGGAAUAUGAAUAACUGAAUUAGAAAGAGAUUAGAUAAAUGGUAAAAAAAUAAUGGGAAAGUAAUAGAAAGACAACUUUAUUUAGUUGA